AUGUCUGACAAACGACCAAAGGGCCCACAAACUAUCCUCUGUGACAUGUGUACAGGGGAGGACAGGACACCGGCACGGAAGACCUGCAUGAAAUGUGAGAUCUCCAUGUGCGUCCAGCACCUCCAGGCCCACCUCACCACUCCCAUCUUACUCCAAACUCAUCCUCUGACCGAGCCAAUGGCCUCAGGGGAUGCAGGCUUAGGUGGCACCACUAAAUGCCCCCAGCAUGGCAAACUCCUGGAGUACUACUGCUUGGAUGACAUGACCUGUGUGUGUGUUUCCUGCGCCAUUGAAGACCAGCACCGUCUGCACAAUAUGAAGACCUUCUCCACAGCCCACAAAGAGCUUGUGGAGAAGCUGAACAGUGAGCAACAGGCCUUACUGGUGAAUUUGAGUCUGGAAAAGUGGGAGAAGAGUGAAAGAGAGAAGCUGGGUCGCUGUAGCGUGCGUCUCAUUGAGGCUGUGACUAACCUGCGUGACAUCACCCUGACCAGUGUCCAGAGUUCAGUCUCUGCCCGGAUGGUGUCCAUCAAAACCAGCAAGAGCAGCAUGCAAGCUGCACAGCAGGAGAAGGACACGUUCAGGUUCCUGCAGAUGUAUUCUCAGGUGCAUCAUGAUGUGGAGAAGGCCAAGGCUGUGGAUCUGAGGAAAGGCUUGGAGCCUGGCAGUGAUCGGGACAAACUGGUUCAGGAGAUAACACAAAACGGGGAAAAGAUGAUGAAGCAGGCAGGCCAAUUCUGGGGAUCCCUGCUGACUCUGGUUGAUCCAGAGAACCACCAGGAGCUCUCUGCUACAGGUUCUGACCUGAUCUUUGACCCACAGAUUUUCGGCCUCGGUAUGUUUCUGUCCAAAGACAAAAGGAAGGUUCUCUACAGCAGUGGGCAGGGGCAAUGCUCUGCCAAUCUUCUAAUCCGUAGUACCCAGGCAGUUCCUAACAUUCAGAGAUGGAUGAUCAGUCUUUCCCCGGACUGCAACUGGACCGUUGGUUUAUGUGACAAACGCUCUGCAAAGUCUACAAAUUUGAGGGAUGGACAUGUCUAUGGUCUGUGCUGCAGAGAUAACCAGCUAAGCUCUCUCACAACACAAUAUGAUGACGCAUCAGUCAGUUCAAGUGUGAAGCAGAACAAUGAAAAUGCUCCAUCCAGAUGUAUGCAGCCUAUACCAGAGAAGAGACGUAGGGUUUCCUCUGCAGUAAUCACACAUCUGGGCAAAGAGGGAAACAAGGCUGUACCACGACCUGAAACGGUUGAAGUGUUUUGGAACUCCGUCGCCUCCUCGCUGUCCUUCUUCAGCAGAACUGGACAGCACCAGAGGGAAGAAAUCAUCACGCUUCUGAUGAGCCUCAACAACAAGGACCUGGCCCCCUUUGUUCAACUAGACAAUAACAAUCUAGAAAAUAGGGAAGUGCAGGAUUGGAAGUGCCACUGUGGGAUGACUUUCCAAAAGAGAAGUUUUGGCAUGGGAGGAAUGCGCGGCAACUAUCAACAGGGUAGUUGUACUUCUUGUGGAACAAUUCUUGGUGACGUGUGCAUAGAUGUGGUUUGUGAACUACAGUAAUGGGUGAGACGACUGAUCAUUGCUGAUUCAAUUCAAAGCAACAAAUAUCUACAGUUAUAACCUCUGCUUUGAAUUGAUGAAUACAAAUAUUACAUUCAGUGUCAAGUUGCUGUCAAAUCAAAAUUUAGUGCAAAUUCCAGUAAUAAGAUUAUUUUUGGUGUACAAUAAACACAUCAUAUACUACAGGAAACAUCUUUUUUCAAUUGUGGUAAUGUUUAUGAUUUUGUUUUGGGAGUUGUUUAUAAUGUACGCAACAAGGUUGUUUUGUAAUGCUUCUUUUACUGUCUGACAGUUUGAGGUGUUUGUCUCCAUCUACUGGUGGUGAACGCGUCACUGCGCUCACACGGUGCUCUUAUUUUACAUUACAUUGUCCUAUUAAAUCAAAAUGUCAACAAGGAAUGCUUACUUACACUAUAGAUGAUCGAAUCAACAAUAAAGUCUGUCAAGUUUCAAGAAAAA